UCUUCCGCCUUGGAUGGCUUGGUUCAAGGGCUCAACUCACUCAAGCUUGUAUUAUUAUCGCAAAAAGCUGUUUCUUGGUAGGAGGCAACGAAUUCAAAUCAAUUCAUUUAGGUUUCUCAGAACUAUCUGUUUAUUCAAGUUAUUCAUUGUGAUCAAACAUUAUUCUCUAGACUGAUUAUUUUUGUGAAUUUAUCUCCUAUUUUCGUUAAAACGUUCAUGUCUUCUAUAUAGUCAACCAAAAAAAUGCCAACCAUUGAAGUGAUUCAAGAUAUUUGAACUCUUCGAACUACAAAAUAAAAUCAGAUCAAAGUUAAUAGUGAAUAGCGCACAUAAUUCCGUUUCGACAAUGAUGACUAGAAGGAAAUCAGUACACGAUUCUCAGUUGACACAACUGCAUCGGAAGGAUGACACUACUGGUCCGUCUCGCCCGGAUGUUCUGGAAGGUAGAAAAACUCCAGGAGCAAGGACAUCACAGCCAAGGAAAAAUGCGCGAAUCCCACAUCGAAGAACUUCCGAGGCAGCCCCGGGUACGAUUCAAAACGGAACCCACCAGGCGCACGGGCUCCAAAAUGGUAUGGAUGCCGACGAUAUACCGAAGUUCAAGGGAUAUCGCAUAAUCGAAAUCGAUCACUUCCUUCAGUGGGCAGCUUUCUCACAGUUUAUGCACUCGAAGCACUGCCCGGGCGGUCUGUUGAAGCCGUACCAGGAGUACGUGAGUGGGUGCUAUUCGACUUUUGCAAUGAAGUGCAGCAAGUGUUCAGCGAUCAUAACCCGAUCGUCCGAAAACUACAUCCAUCACAACAAACUGAUGAACCGUCUGGUGAAGGGUACGGUUCAGAUGAGUAAAGAUUACGACGAGAUGAGUAAUUUCAUGGAAUCGCUGGAGAUUCCGUUCGUUACGAGAGAUGAGUUCAACACGAUAAAGUCCCAAAUGCAGCUCAAUUCGUCUCUGGAGGAUCAAUCGUCGCUGCAGAAAGCGGUCGAAGAGUUGGAGCGCGCUUCUGUGGCUUCGAAGAGGAAACGCCACGGCAGCUGUAAGUACCAUUACGAAGUGCUGAAGGUUUACCUGAACAAGAAGAUGCGGAAAAUUGAGGAAAAUCUGCAGCUCUCAGUGAAUGAUUCCGUCGCGCUGGCCGUGAAUGCCCAUCUGAAGAAUGUAGCCCACGUCCAAUUGGUUUCCAACAGUCCCAGCAGUUCCUGUCCCGGUGGAAGUAGCGCGGCGACCUCUACCAGUGAUAGUAAUCGAUUCGGAGCAGGAUUUUCCAAUGGACCACCGUCGUUCAAAGGUAAUACUUUCAAUAGUAAUUGAAAAUGUUUUAUAAUGUUUUGCGGACAAAGUCAUCUGUCCAGAGAGGCAAAAGUAUUAAUAAUGAGCGAUUUAGCGUCGACAUUGUACACAAGGCAGUCAACUUAAAACUCGAAAUAAUCGAAUUAGAAGUUACUCAAGCGUUCCAUUGAGUAUUCGAUUGUCAAAUGUUUCGUCAACUAGAUGAUAGCGAUGACUCUGUAGCGAAACUAGUAUUACCUACUCAACUUGCCAAUCACCAGUUCUUUCCUCGCGGACUUGCAACACGAUUGUGGUAUUCGUCUAGUUUUAGCUGUCAACUUCAGCCAUAUAAUUUUGUAUCCGAAGAUUCCUCAGGACUUGUUUUCCAAAUAAUUAGGUUUAAGAUGUUAGAUGUAGUAAGAUGAUGAUUUAUAGAAUUUAGAUCUUAUCUGUACUGAAAGCUACCGUAUUUGGCAUAAUGAUCUUCACCUUAGUUUGUAAUGAGUUCCCUAAUAUAUGGAACUCUUAUGAUGUCGAAUAUUAGAACACAAUAUCUCCUACGUAGUUGUAUAUGAGUGCAUCAGCAUUUCGUUUUAACGUGUACUGCCAUCACGAUAGGUUUUAGUUUUCGUUAGCUGUGACUUAGAUUGGAAUAAAUGAACUACGAUAUCAUCACAUGCCUACUAAA